GUGGAGAGCGCUCUCGCUUAUAGUUUCUCAUCACCGCCACCAAUCAGCUUUUUUCUCUCCUCUCUGUUUCCUUGGAGCUUGAUCUCUCCCUUGAAAUGGUUGCUUUCCGGUUUCACCAGUAUCAAGUGGUUGGGAGAGCCCUCCCUACAGAGAAAGAUGUGCAGCCUAAGAUCUACAGGAUGAAGCUAUGGGCUACUAAUGAAGUCCGAGCCAAGUCCAAGUUCUGGUACUUCCUGAGGAAGCUCAAGAAGGUUAAGAAGAGCAACGGACAAAUGCUUGCCAUCAAUGAGAUUUUCGAGAAGAGCCCCACGAAGAUCAAGAACUACGGUAUCUGGCUGCGUUACCAGAGCAGAACUGGGUACCACAACAUGUACAAGGAGUUCCGUGACACCACUCUCAACGGUGCGGUGGAGCAGAUGUACACUGAGAUGGCUUCUCGCCAUAGAGUGAGGUUCCCUUGCAUUCAGAUCAUCAAGACCGCUACAGUCCCUGCAAGUCUGUGCAAGAGAGAGAGCACCAAGCAGUUCCAUAACUCCAAGAUCAAGUUCCCUCUUGUUUUCAGGAAGGUCCGGCCACCGACCAGGAAGCUCAAGACUACUUACAAGGCCUCAAAGCCCAACCUUUUCAUGUAAAACCAAUCUUUGCAUAAUUGUCUUUGUCCUUUUUCAACCAGAUCAGAUUAGGUUUCUUGUUCCUCAGUCUGAACCAAAACACCAUUUGGAGUAUGUCUCAUGAAAUUUGUACGUUUGCAUCUUUUGAACUUUUAUUAUCUAGGUAUGAUUAAAAUAUUAAGGUUUU